GUUUGUUGCGCUGCCGCCUGCGUUUAAAAAGACAGAAAAGACGUUUGCGACAGUUACCAUCGACAUGCGGCAACGUAAAGUGUUGCAGCUGAAGUAAACAUGUGCAGAGUUUGGUAGGCAACAAAAACCAGCCUGAUGGAGAACUACAGUAAGGCUCGGACGGAGGAGAGACCGUCUGUCUGUCCGUUCCCCGGCCUCUCCCCCGACACGCCGGAGGUCCACGUCAAGGAUGGCAGCAAGAUCCGCAACCUGCUGCGUUACGCCUUGAGCCGCAUGGAGCCCGACCCCCGAGCAGCUGAGGACGGGGGCAGACCCACGCCUGAGGGCGGAGGUGUGGCUGUGGAGAGACAGCAGGAAGGGCGGGGCCAGCUGUUCUGCAGACAGAUCGUCUUCACUGCCACCGGUAAGGGUGCGUCUAAAGCCAUCACGUGUGCUGAGAUCGUGAAGCGGCGAGUGAAGGGACUCCACCAGCUCACCAGGCUGCUGUACAGCACCAUGGUGGAGGUGUGGGAGCCGCUGGAGCCCGCCGCUGGCCUCGACAGCCUGACGGCCAGCAGGAACGUGCCCGCCAUUUGGAUCCUCCUCUCCAGGGAGCCGCUGGACUGCAGCCAGCCCGGGUACCAGGCACCGGGUCGCUAUGACGCCCUGUGGGCUCAGUCAGCUCACAGAGAGGAGGGCGGGUUCGCCGAGCAGAGACCAGCACACAAGAGGAAGAGAGGAGGAGGCGGCGGCAGAGGGAGGGGUCCCGGUCAUCAGACCAGACGGUCCAGAGAGGCAGCGAAAGGACAGAGUUGACUUGGCUCUGCCAAACUGCGAGCACAUUGGAGAGGACACUCGGUGGACACCUUUUUCCAUCCAUCUUGUUUAACUUCUUCAGGUUCACAUCAUUUCUUUCAAAGAGGACGUCCAUCACAUCAGCGUUUGGAUUUAUUUUUGUGUUGGACCUGAGGUGAUGUCUGCUCGCUGCUACGACGCCGCGUGGGCCCCGAAGUCCUUUCAAAGUGAGCGCAGACCGAUGAUUGGCCUCGGAAAGUUUGAUUUUAGGCUGCAGAUUUUUCAUCAAAGUACACCUCACACACUGCUUUUUAGAUGUUUGAUUUAAGUCCUGACUUUGGUUUCUGUGUGCUGAAAUGUGACGGGUUUAACUGUGACAGAACUCAUUAAAGACAUUUGAUUUGUUUCAGUC